GCGCCCCGCAGGGACAACCCCGACCGACACCCCCUUGCCCCUCCAUCCCUGCAGCCGGCUUCCAAUGGGCAAGAUGGUGCCCAACUCUUCGCGCGCGCUCGUCCUGGUCCUGCUGCUCCUCGCCGGCUCCGAGUCGCGGGCUUCCCAGAACUGUCUCAACAAACAGCAACUCCUCACUGCCAUCCGCCAGUUGCAGCAACUGCUAAAGGGCCAGGAGACCCGCUUUGCAGAGGGCAUCCGCAACAUGAAGAGCCGGCUGGCAGCACUGCAGAACUCCGUGAGCAGGGUGGCCCCGGCAAUGCCCCCAGGUGGGUUCCCAGUUUCCUGCCCAUCUCUGAAUGCCCCUGUGGAUGGCAGAAAGUUCGGAAGCAAGUACUCAGUGGAUCAUGAAGUGCAUUUUACCUGCAACCCUGGCUUCCAGCUGGUUGGGCCCAGCAGCGUGGUGUGUCUAGACAACGGUACCUGGACGGGGGAGCAGCCCCGCUGCAGAGCUAUCAGUGAGUGCUCCAGUCAGCCCUGUCUCAAUGGUGGAACGUGUGUGGAAGGCAACAACCAGUAUAGGUGCCUCUGUCCUCCAGGAAGGACUGGGAGCCGCUGUCAGCAUCAGGCACAGGCCGCCCCCGAGGCCCAGGCCCAGGCCGGCGACCCCGCCUUCAGCCGCGCGCCGCGCUGCGCGCAGGUGGAGCGGGAGCAGCACUGCAGCUGCGAGGCGGGAUUCCACCUGAGCGGCGCCGGCGGCGGCGACAGCGUCUGCCAGGAUGUGAAUGAGUGUGAGAUCUAUGGGCAGGAGCGUGGUCCUCGGCUCUGCAUGCAUGCCUGUGUGAACACUCCUGGCUCCUACCGCUGCACCUGCCCCAGUGGUUACCGUACGCUGGCUGAUGGGAAGAGCUGUGAAGAUGUUGAUGAAUGUGUGGGCUCGCAGCAGGUGUGCCCCCAGGGGACCAUGUGCAUCAACACUGGAGGAGGCUUCCAGUGUGUCAGCCCUGAGUGUCCUGAAAGCAGUGGUGACAUAAGUUAUGUGAAGACAUCUCCCUUCCAGUGUGAGCGAAACCCCUGCCCCAUGGACAGCAGGCCCUGCCGCCACAUGCCCAAGACCAUCUCCUUCCAUUACCUUUCUCUGCCCUCCAACCUGAAGACGCCCAUCACGCUCUUCCGUAUGGCCACAGCCUCAGCCCCUGGCCGGCCAGGGCCCAACAGCCUGCGAUUUGGGAUCGUGGGUGGGAACAGCCGUGGCCACUUUGUGAUGCAGCGCUCAGACCGGCAGACGGGAGAGCUGAUCCUUGUUCAGACCCUGGAGGGACCUCAGACGCUGGAGGUGGACGUUGACAUGUCAGAAUACCUGGAACGGUCCUUCCAGGCCAACCAUGUUUCCAAAGUCACCAUCUUUGUGUCCCCCUAUAACUUCUAAGGGUGAACAUGGGGCUCACUGGAAUAUGGCCAUCUCGAUUUCUCUGGCCCAAGGACUCAUCUGUGGGCUCACACUGUCAUAGAUGCCUCGCUCCUGUCUUUCUUCUGCUCACUUUGCCUAUUCACCCAUGCUUCUAGGCAGUGCCAUAUCCCAUGGGGCAGUGCAGAAAGGAAGCCACACAAGCCAGGCUGUGCCACCAUCACAUUUGUUUUCUGCUUUAGUGCCCUCUCCUUGGGUUAUGCACAAAUUUUCCAACCCUGUUCCUUCAGGCAAGGAUGCUUUUCAAAAUGCUGUGUGAAUGGUUUUGUGAGUUUGAAUAGGCUGGGAAGGAGGAGCUCGUGAUGUGCGUCUGACAAGGUGGCCUGCAUUGUGAUAGCCAACGCUUGUUCUGACUGGGGAGGUUCCAGCUCUGCUGAGGGUUUAAUGAUGCCCCCUGUGUACCACCUGGCAUGUUGCUCUUGUCCACAUUCCCCUGGGACCAGUCUUCUUAUCUGAGAGAUAUGGGAGGGCAUAUGAACCACACUCAGAUCCUUCUAGACCAAGGGGCCAACAUUAAAGCAUGCAUUCUGUCUGAGUUCUCUUUUGAGAAACCGUAUCUCAAAAACAUGCCUUGGUAUUAUGACUAAGGAAAUAAAGCCUGCUGCUCCUCCC